AUGAGUAGCAUUGUUGUGGACCUGGAAGUCACUUUAGAAGAAGUAUAUUCAGGAAAUUUUGUCGAAGUGGUUAGAAAUAAACCUGUAGCCCAGCAGGCACCUGGCAAAUGGAAAUGCAAUUGCCGCCAAGAGAUGAGGACAAUGCAGCUGGGCCCAGGGUGCUUCCAGAUGACCCAGGAAGUGGUUUGCGGUGAAUGUCCCAAUGUCAAGUUGGUGAAUGAAGAGCACACUUUGGAGGUGGAAAUAGAGCCAGGGGUGAAAGAUAGCAUGGAGUAUCCCUUCAUUGGAGAAGGUGAGCCACAUGUGGAUGGGGAGCCAGGAGAUCUGUGUUUCCAGAUCAAAGUUCUCAAGCACCCCGUGUUUGAGAGGUAUGGAGAUAAUUUAUACACAAAUGUGACCAUCUCCGUGGUGGAGUCACUGAUAGGCUUUGAGAUGGACAUCCGGCACCUGGACGGCCACAAGGUUCAUGUUGCCCGGGAUAAGAUCACCAGGCCACGGGCUAAACUAUGGAAAAAAGGAGGAGGGCUGCCUAGCUUUGACAAUAACAACAUCAGGGGCUCUCUCAUAAUCAUCUUUGAUGUUGAAUUUCCAAAGGAGCAGUUUACAGAGCAACAGAGAGAAGGUAUCAAACAGCUACUGGAACAAGCAUCAGUGCAAAAGAUCUACAAUGGAUUGCAAGGAUAUUAA